UCCCUGUGUCCCAGCCAGCAUGGCGCGCGCCUUGGGACCUGAGCGCCGGCUGCUGGCCAUCUACACUGGUGGCACCAUCGGCAUGCGGAGAGAGGACGGUGUGCUGGUCCCCGGGCGGGGCCUGGCGGCGGUCCUGAAGAGCAUGCCCAUGUUCCAUGACGCAGAGCACGCCCAGGCCUGCGGCCUCCCCGAGGACACCCUGUUGCUGCCCCCAGCCAGCCCCAGCCAGAGGGUCAUCUACACGGUCCUGGAGUGCCAGCGCUUGUUUGACUCCAGCGAUAUGACCAUCACUGAGUGGGUGCAGAUUGCCCAGACCAUACAGCGACACUACGAGCAGUACCACGGCUUUGUGGUCGUCCAUGGCACGGACACCAUGGCCUUUGCCACCUCGGUGCUGUCCUUCGUCCUGGAGAACCUGGAGAAGCCUGUCAUCUUCACCGGUGCCCAGGUGCCCAUCCAUGCGCUGCAGAGCGACGGGCGUGAGAACCUGCUGGGCGCACUGCUCAUGGCCAGCCAAUUCGUCAUCCCCGAGGUCUGUCUCUUCUUCCAGAACCAACUGUUCCGAGGCAACCGGACCACCAAGGUGGACGCCCGCAGGUUUGCGGCCUUCUGUUCCCCUAACCUGCUGCCGCUGGCCACUGUGGGCGCUGAUGUUACAAUCAGCUGGGAGCUGGUGCGCAGGGCCAGCAGGCAGGGCCGGCUGGUGGUUCACAGUGGCAUGGAGCGUGACGUGGGCCUUCUGCGACUCUACCCCGGGAUCCCCGCUGCCCUGGUCCGGGCCUUCCUGCAACCACCCCUGAAGGGGGUGGUCAUGGAGACCUUCGGCUCCGGCAACGGGCCCAGCGCCCCAGACCUGCUGCAGGAGCUGCGGGCAGCCACUGCGCGGGGCCUCCUCAUCGUCAACUGCACCCACUGCCUGCAGGGCACCGUGACCUCUGACUAUGCCGCUGGCACAGCCAUGGCGGGAACCGGCAUCGUCUCCGGGUUUGACAUGACAUCGGAGGCUGCCCUGGCCAAGCUGUCCUACGUGCUAGGCCAGCCAGGGCUGAGCCUCGACCAAAGGAAGGAGCUGAUGACCACAGACCUCCGAGGGGAGAUGACACUGCCGGUGAUUGACAGGUGCCUGCGCUCACCACAGGGCAGCGUGCUGGGCCGUGGGCUCGCCUGGCUCCUCGGGCUGGGCAACGACCAGGAGGCUGAUGCCGUGCGGGAUGCCCUGGUGCCCAGCCUGGCCUGCGCCGUAGCCCACAGCGGGGACCUGGAGGCUCUGCAGGUGCUCAUGGAACUGGGAACUGACCUGUGCCUGAAGGACUUCAGGGGCCAGAGCCCUCUGCACGCAGCUGCCCGAGCGGGCCAGGCUGGGGUGGUGGCCACCCUGCUGCAGCGGGGCAUGCAGGUGGACGCCCACGACCAGGACGGCUACAGCCCACUGCUGCUGGCCGUGCGGGGAAGGCAUGAGGGUGUCAUCCGGCUGCUGAGGGCAGCCAAUGCCCGCCUAUCUCCCCAGGAACUGGAGGAUGCAGGGACGGAGCUGUGCAGGCUGGCAGCCCGUGGGGACAGUGCAGGCCUGCGGGCCUGGGUCCAGGCCGGGGCCAACCUGGACCAACCGGGCUACGAUGGACGCAGCGCCCUGCAGGUUGCCAGAGCUGCUGGGAACUGGGAGGUCGUGGCCUUCCUGCAGGGCCCUGAGAGUACAGUCGAUGUCCAGACCCAGAGCCCCCACACGGUGGCCCGAAUCCCGGGCUCCCUCCUGACUCUGGCCGCACCUGCCCGAGCCACCUAG